AUGAUAUUCAGUCGUUGUGGGUUAUUCACAAUAGUAUCAUUAGUAGUAUCAAUAGUAGUAUUAUCAUUAUCAUUUUCAACACCUCUUAUCAAUGCUGCUUUAAAUAAUCAAGAAUAUACACAAGCAGAGUACCUUGUUGGAUUAUUUAAUCUUCAAAAUCAAUUCCCAGUGAGUGGAGGAGUGAUUAAUUUCUGUGGAAAUGAUACGAUUAUAAAAUGUGAUCCAUCAAAGGUGUCGGUCAUCUCGUUGUUGUUGGUUGGUAAUGGUAGUCAAGUAGUGACAUUACAACUAUUUACUCCAUUUCAAAAACUGACCGUUUUAAAUUUAAAUAAUGUUCAAGCUGGAAACCAAUUUGUUCCAGAUGUAUCAAACUAUAAAAUAGCAACUCCAACAUGGACCGUAACAUCAUUUAUUUGUAAAAGAUGUAAUAUUACAGCAUUACCAGAUUUGAUACUUGGAUUUUUAUCUUUUGGAGCACCUGAUAAUCCAAUCGAGGGAAAUACACCAAACCAAGUAUUUACAAAUUUAAGAUCUUUGGAUUUAUCAAUUUCAGAUCCAAUAUUUUUGAGAGAAAGAUAUAUCAUUUUUAAUCAAACUUCUGAAGUUAUCAGCUUUCCAGAUACUUCACAACUUGUACUAUCAGAAAUCCCAGGCCACAUAAGAACAGGUUCAAAUUUAAAACUAUAUAUAACAUUGGGAAUUUCAUUUAAUUUUUCUACAUUGAGUAGAUUGGGUGAUAUCAAAGGAAUCGAUUCGUUAAGUCUUACUGAUCAAUUCAAAUUAUACUCUGACGAGGUUGAUUUCCCAUUGAGUUUUCUCAAUAUUGUGAAUGGUGCCAAGGAUGUUUCAUUUACCAAUAUUAAUUUUAGAGGUCCUUCCUCUCCACUACUUAUCAACUCUACUUCACUUCGAUCUUUAAUCUUUAGAAAUAGUCCACUUUUUAAUAUAAAUGGUGGUGAUUUUCCAUUUGAUAUUUUCGCACUUACCGUUUCAAUUUAUAGUUUGGUAUUAUCUAAUUGUUCUAUUGAAAGAGUACCGGAUUUAAUAAUCAAAACUGUAGCAGACUAUGAAUUAAAUUUGGAUUUAUCAAAUAAUCAAAUAACAACUAUACCAAAUAAUCCUAAAAAUAUGAAUGUUAAUUUUAAUAAUAAUCAAUUGACAGGAACUAUACCAACAAGUUAUUGUAAUACUUAUUCAUUUUUUGCAAAUAAUUCAUUGGGAGGUGUAUUACCAGAUUGUUAUAGGUGUUUUGCAAAAGACCCAUUUGUACAAAGAGCUAUUGCUGGGAAUAAUGGAUUCACCAAUUUCGAUACAAAUUGGACACCUUCACAAUACCCGUCAUGUUCACCUACGACGUUGAAUGUUUCAAUGUACUUUUUCUCGGUGGGUUCUGCCAUUUCAGUGACUGGAAUGAUUGGUUGGACACCAGAUUAUUAUCAUCUACCACAAUACCCAACCGUCUUUAGAAAUAUAGCUGUACCAAAUAGACUGGCUUGGAUCAAUGGUAUCCCAACUGCAAACUAUACUAAAAUGAUUAGUGAUGGAUAUUUCAAUGUUACCUUUACAGCAACCACACCAAAUGUAACCGUGCGGAUUAAUGUUACCGUGUCAAAGGCUAUCAUUGAUUCAGUAGAGUAUGUGCCAAUAAUUGGAGGCUACAGCUUUUUUAUAACUGGCUCUGGGUUUGGAGCAAACGUUCAAAAGGUUUCAUUUAAACUUGGACCAUACACUUGUGUAACGUCAUCCGCUGGUAAUAUCUUUGCGGCAUGUCUCGUCUAUGAGACUUCUAUCCCUCAAGACAUGUAUAAUAUGACUGUGCUCGUACAAGGUGUACCAGAUAAUGCUGACCCUUUCCCAGUCUACAUUAAAUAUCCAUACCCAUUUGUAUUUGCUGUGGAUGGGUGUCCGAUUACUGGUGGGCCUGUUAUCCUCUAUGGAUCGUAUGGCACUGUUUAUAGUAAUGCGUCGGUACUUGUCGACCAGCUGGAAUGCGCCAUUACAAGUAUCAACGAGACUAUCAUCAACUGUACGAUCAGCGAGACUGGUACACGUGGGUACCAUAACCUCACCGUUGUCGUAAACAGCAUCCUAUGGUUCUCUUAUCGAUCGUUUGUCUAUACCGAAGACAAUCUCCCAUGUCCAAACAAUUGUGGCGGCCACGGUAGAUGCGAUGGUCUUUUUGGCGCAUGUAUGUGCGAUAAGGGGUGGACCGGUCCAUCAUGCUCCUUUGCCUUGUUGAACCAGACCGGUAGUGGCGGCGGUAUCGACCACAACACCACGAUUGGGACGGACUUGGAGAACGGCCAAUUCAACUUUACAUCAGACAUUAACUUUGGCUUUAAAAUCGUUUCAAUUCGUGAACUUGACGGUCUCAACAAUGAGAAUGUGUCACGUGAAAUACAACUAUCUGGAUGGAAACCUUAUAAUAUGACAAAUACCAAUGUACCGAACCCAUACCAAAACAAUACAUAUACCAAUCGACUAAUGUUAUUUGAUAAUGAAACAACUAUUAUUUAUCAAAUGGAAUUGGUAAAGGAAGAUCGUAAUCAUACAUUUGCAGAUUACCCAAUGGUUUUAAAGAAUGGGUCAAUUAAAAUAUCAUUUUCAAUUGCUGGCUGGCCAUACCUCAGUCAAUUCAACUCGUUGCAAUUGGUGAUAGAGUCGUCGGUCGAUCCUAUAGAAGCUGCCUGUGCACUAUCACCAACCAUCCAAACAUCAUCCACUGGUGACAGUCUCAACUACCUGACACUUGAACUCAACGGUAAAAUGAUGUAUGGUCGGUUUGUACCAAGAGUCAUUUCGGAUGGUAGACCAACCUACUCGAAAGCUGUUCUAGUUGAUCAACAAACCAAUUCAGUUAGAAUCGGUCUCAAUCUACCUUAUUGUCAAACACUAUGUGAAUUGGAUCCAGAUUUUAGUAGUUUACUCAUCGAAUCAAAAGCACCGGUUGAUGAAUGUCACCCUUCCGACCUUGACGACAAGAAAUGGAUCUUACCAACUGCUAUCGUAGUUGGAGUUGUCGGGUUUGUAAUGUUAUCAAUCAUUGGUAUAUUUGUUGCACGUCGUGUAUUCUAUGUUAAGGUUUCCUUAAAACAUGGUGUCAUCUUUUUAAAAAAGAGAAGAUCAAGAGAUUAA